AUGCCCUCCCUCAGCACCCACCCAAUGAGAGUAAAUUUAAUGUUGAAAAGAGGGCUGGCUACAGCAACGGCCAAUACUACCUCGCUGAAGAUCAAAGUUGGAGUACUACUGUCAAGAAUCCCUGUAAUUAAAUCAGAAGUAAAUGACCUAGAAAAACACUACUAUGAGUAUCAAUCGCGACUAGAGAAAAGGUUAAUGUGGACGUUUCCAGCAUAUUUUUAUUUCAAGAAGGGUACUAUAGCAGAACAUAAAUUUUCAUCUCAACAGGAUGGGCCCAUUUCCAAGAAAAGUGGCAUUUGGUUCCCUAAAGGCGUGCCGGACAUUAAACAUGGCAGAGAAAGAAGCACCUCGCAAGAAAUCAGGCUACCCAACAAUAACACAGCAACGUCCAUUACCAACAAAAAAGAGCAAAACAAAGAUGAUGUUAACAGACCCGUCAUUCCUAACGAUAGAAUAACGGAAGCCGAUAGAUCAAAUGAUACCAAGAGCCUUGAAAGACAACUAAGCAGGACCUUAUAUCUGUUAGUUAAAGAUAGAAACGGUGUUUGGAAAUUUCCCAACUUUGACUUAUCAGAUGACUCUAAGCCCUUACACAUAAACGCGGAGAAUGGAUUAAGAUUGCUGGGUGGUGAUCAAAUACACACUUGGUCUGUUUCUGCUACCCCCAUCGGUGUGCUGAAGGACGAAAAGAACGGUGCAGCAGAGUUUAUCUUGAAAUCACACAUCUUGGCAGGAAAGUUCGAUUUGAUGCCACAAAAAAACGAUGCAUUCAACGAUUAUGCCUGGCUGACGAAGGAUGAAAUUGAUGAAUACGUACCAAAAGAGUAUUUCAGUCAAACUGGGUUUCUUUUAGCAGAUAAUUGA